AUGGAAUCCGGCGACACUACUUCACACGAUCAGAACAGUCCCUCAUCAGAUCAACACGAUGAAGAGGAAGCCACUGAUCCACAGGAGGAAAUGGAUCCAUUCGACUGGCAAAAGCUAGAGACCGAAUACUUCAAUGCUAUGGCGCAAUGCAAGGAAGAAGAAGACGCUCAUCUUCAAGAGUUUGCUUCUCUGUCACAAUUCUUUGGUGUUUGGGCAGAAACUAUCUCGGGUCAUGAACAGAAAAGAAGCCAUCAACGUCUGAGAACACAAAGCAGUUUUGUUAUGAGAAAGGAAGAAGAGCUCGAAGAACGCAGAAAACACUAUGUGCAAGUUGUCGAGGCGUUUCGUGCGGCCCUUUCUAUGCUCGAUCGUUGA